CAGGUACAGCAAAUAGUUACUUGUUAUACAUCGCAAUCUCAUCAAUUGCGGCAGUGUUUGUGCUUAUGCUCAGCAUCGUAGUCUUGGGAUGCAUUAUACGCAGGAAGAAGAAAAUAAUUCCCAAGAUUAAGGCUCAUAAUCCACUUGAACACAUUAACGAAACUGACAGCAAUCAAGUUACUACCACUAUACCAUUGGAAACAGUGUCUGUUGGGACGCAUGCAUCUGAUGAAGGGCAUAAAUCAGAAGAGGCUGUGAUGAGUUCAAAGAGCAAGGAGAAUGCUCCACUUCCACCUCAGUAUGCUGCUGAAUUUGAAGAUCAUGUUGCCCGGUGUCACUCCAAGCAAGAUAAGGAAUUUAAAGAGCAAUUUGCUUUAAUACAGGAGUAUGAUCCAGACUUCCCUAAAUCCAUUGGGACAAGUCAAAACUUUAGGAAACUGAACAGAUUUGGAAACAUCACUGUCUAUGAUUACAAUAGGGUCAUACUCGGAUCAAUUGAUGGGUACUCAGAUUGCCAGAGAGACUUCAUUAAUGCCAGCUAUAUUGAUGUAAGCUUCUUAGCAAUUUGUGUGCAUAAUAAUAUACAUACACACAGACUCCCCCAUAUAGCAAAAAAACUGUAUACCUUCAUGACAACUUAAAAAUUUGUUUUUUACUGUUGUAGAGUUGCAGGAAGCGUCAAUUUAUAGCUACUCAAGGGCCACUGCCAAAGACAGUGGUAGACUUCUGGAGGAUGGUGUGGCAGGAGAGGUCUCAGAGCAUUGUGAUGCUGGCCAAUCUGGUGGAGGCCAGUUCUGUCAAGUGUCACAAGUACUGGCCAGAGACUGGGACCCUGUCCUUUGGUCCCUUCAAUGUCACCAUCACAGGACAACAGAUACUGGCUGACUACACCACUCGGGAGUUUAGUGUCCAGCUGUCAGAGAGCUCAGAACCAGCUCUGAGUGUGACUCAGUUCCACUUCACAGCCUGGCCUGACCAUGGAGUGCCUGACUAUGCCACUUCACUUCUGGCCUUCCACAAGAAAGUGAAGAAACAUCACAAGAGAGGAAUGGGACCAAUGAUUGUUCACUGCAGUGCUGGUGUGGGUAGGACAGGGACUCUGAUAACUAUUGACUGUGUUCUUGAGCAGCUGCAAGAGGAGGAGAAGGUGGUGGAUAUAGCUGGUGUCAUCAUCCACCUCCGCACACAGAGAAUGAAAAUGGUCCAGAGCUUGGAACAGUACAUGUUUAUCCACGAUGCUAUACUUGAGGCUGUAACAUGUGGUGACACUCAAAUUGAUGCCAGUCUAUUCAGCAGAAGAAUUACAGAAAUGAGUCAUCGUUACCCACAGACUCAACUUACUGAAUAUGAAAACCAGUUUCGGGUACUUGAAAAAGUGUCUCCUAAGCCUUGUGAGAUACCUAGGAACAAGGCUCUACAACAUCCGUUCAAGAAUCGCAAUGACUACUACCUCCCCAGUGACGACUGGGGAGUUGUUUUAAGAGGUGAUAAGCAAGACUACAUCCAUGCAACGUUUGUUAAUGGUUACAAGCAAAAGAGAGCAUUCAUCAUAGCUCAGAGUCCCAUGGAGUCCACAGCCAGAGAUUUCUGGAAGAUGGUCCAUGACAGGAAGUGUGGAGUCAUUGUUAUGCUCUGUGACUUGUUGGAAGAUGGACAGGAGACAUGUUAUCAAUACUGGCCUGUGCGCGGAGGAAUGGCUCAGUUCCGAGAAUAUACUGUUGACCUCAUGGAAGAAAAGCCUGUUAAAGGUUUCGUAAUGCGCACACUUGUUGUCGUCAAUGAGAAGGCAGGCAGUGCCCACCAGGUGGUUCAGUUGCACAUGACUAACUGGAGUCCUGAUGGCAGCUGCUCUCACCUGGCCACUAUCACCAGUGUGAUAAAUGAGAUGUCUGCCAUUCAGAGGAGAACUGGGAAACAAUCCUAUCAUAGUCCAUUGCAGGUGUGUAUGUGGCCGGUAUGUGUAAGACUUGUUCUCAACUCUGGAAUGAUGUAAGGCUG